AUGGUCGGCGCCGUGAAAUGGGUGGAUGAUGUUAUUCCAGAUGCACCAUAUGCCAUAACUGAAGAAUUCAUGAAGAAGCUAUUCACUGAGUACAAUAUAGAUUACAUCAUCCAUGGCGAUGAUCCUUGUCUGCUCCCAGAUGGCACCGACGCGUAUGCCCUUGCCAAAAAUGCCGGCAGAUACAAGCAGAUUAAAAGAACCGAGGGUGUGUCAACAACAGACAUUGUUGGAAGAAUGCUUCUUUGUGUUAGAGAGAGAUCAGCUUUGGAUAGACGCAACCACUCUUCACUACAGAGGCAGUUCAGUUCUGGGCAUGGUCAGAAGAUUGACGAUAGUGGAUCUGGAAGUGCAACUAGGAUAUCUCAUUUCCUUCCGACAUCUCGGAGAAUAGUUCAGUUCUCAAAUAGCAGGGGUCCAGGACCAGAUUCUCGGAUAGUUUACAUAGAUGGUGCAUUUGAUCUGUUCCAUGCUGGACAUGUUGAGAUAUUGCGACUUGCUCGAGAGCUUGGUGAUUUCUUGCUUGUGGGUAUCCACACAGAUCAGACCAUAAGUUCUACACGAGGACCACAUCGCCCAAUCAUGAAUCUCCAUGAGCGAAGUUUAAGUGUCCUAGCCUGCCGUUAUGUUGAUGAAGUAAUCAUUGGUGCUCCAUGGGACAUUUCAAAAGACAUGAUUACAACAUUCAAUAUUUCAUUAGUCGUUCAAGGAACCAUUGCGGAGAACAUGGAUUUUGCGAAGGAUGAAUCACAUCCGUAUGCUGUCCCAAUGGAGAUGGGCAUUUACCGUAGACUGGAGAGCCCUUUGGAUAUCACUACUAGUACCAUUAUAAGGAGGAUAGUUUCUAACCAUGAAGCCUACCAGAAGCGGAACGAAAAGAAGGAAGCCAGCGAGAAGAAGUAUUACGAGGGUAAAAACUUCGUGAAUGGAGAGUAACUUGCGAACAUACCUUUUGAGAAACUAAUACUCUGUCACAAGUGCAACCACGGGUUUGCUCUUUCAUUGUUAUCUCUCUCAUGUUGAUGCUAUAGCUUAGGUAGCUCUAGACGCAACCUCGACUAGUGAGAUCCAGUAGCAGGCGGUGGUAGUGAAUUAGGAGAUGAUGCUGUUGUGGGAAGGCAUUUCCUGCGCACACUUCCAGUGUCGUCCCUAUCCUCCCUGUUUAUGGGCCUAAGCUGCUGCUGUUACCAGUUUUAGUUGUGACCUAUAUGUUUUUCAGAGCUGUUGUACAGUAUGCAUGCUAGGUUAGAUUAUGUUUUAUGUAUGCCUCCCGAUAUAUGCGGGCGUGGUAUGGGAGUCCUUUUUAGAGUAUAUUUGGUGAGUCCUGUUCUGAUUUUGAGCUGAAAGAUGGACUAACUGA